UGUUUAUAAAAUUGAUUAAGGUUCGUAAUCUAUAAUCCCUCACUUUUUCCAAACCUGAAUUAAUUAUCAUUGUCAUUGAUUGUCCCUCACUCACUCACUCUCACGCUCUCUCCCUCCGACCAAUCAGCCACCGCCAUUCAGAUCGCUCGUUGGGAUGCGAAAGUCCAACCCUCGCCAUCCGCGGAUUAGGAAGACCAACACCGCGCUUCCCUAGGGUUAGGGUUUCCGAAUAUCGCAAACUAGAAAAAUAAAAUGUUCAAGCGAAUCAUGAAGGGAGGCCAGAAGAAGCCCUCCAAGCCGGAGGACGCCUCCGCCUUCGGCCCCACGCCGCCCGCCGCCCCCGCCCCGCCCGUCACAGUGCCGCCGCCCUCGGGGACCAUAGAGCCGCUGCCGCCGCUCCGCGACGCGGCGGUGUCGGAGCGGCAGAGCCUCUUCAUCCGGAAGCUCCAGAUAUGCUGCCACGUGUUGGACUUCUCGGACACGCUGAAAUCCGUGCGCGAGAAGGAAAUCAAGCGGCAGACGCUGAUGGAGCUGGUGGAUUUCAUCCAAUCGGGCUCCGGCAAGAUCACGGAGACUUGCCAGGAGGAGAUGAUCAAGAUGGUGUCGGCGAACAUUUUCCGGUGCCUCCCGCCGGCGUCGCACGAGAACACCGGCCAGGAAGCCACCGAUCCGGAGGAGGAGGAGCCGUGCCUCGAGCCGGCUUGGCCGCACUUGCAGCUUGUCUACGAGCUUCUCCUCAGAUACGUCGUUUCCUCCGACACUGACACAAAGGUUGCGAAACGGUAUAUCGAUCAUUCCUUUGUACUCAAAUUACUUGAUUUGUUCGACUCUGAGGACCCUCGUGAACGUGAAUAUCUGAAAACCAUAUUGCACCGUGUGUACGGGAAAUUCAUGGUUCAUCGCCCCUUCAUUAGGAAGGCCAUUAACAACAUAUUUUUUCGGUUUAUAUAUGAGACUGAGAGGCAUAGUGGUAUUGGGGAGCUUCUGGAGAUUCUGGGGAGCAUUAUUAAUGGGUUUGCUCUGCCGAUGAAGGAGGAGCAUAAGUUGUUUCUUGCCAGGGCGCUUCUGCCUCUGCAUAAGCCCAAGCCCGUGGCUGUGUACCACCAGCAGUUGUCGUAUUGCAUUGCGCAGUUUGUGGAGAAGGAUUUCAAGCUGGCGGAUACGGUGAUUAGGGGGUUGAUAAAGUAUUGGCCUUUGACUAAUUGCCAGAAGGAGGUUCUCUUCCUUGGGGAACUCGAGGAGGUGCUGGAGGCCACGCAGGCGGCGGAAUUCCAACGCUGCAUGGUCCCUCUUUUUAGACAGGUUGCCCGCUGCCUCAAUAGUUCUCACUUUCAGGCACACCUUGCAAUGCAGGUUGCAGAACGAGCUUUAUUUUUAUGGAAUAAUGAGCACAUUGUCAGCUUAAUUGCACAAAACAGGACUGUAGUAUUACCCAUAAUAUUUGAAGCAUUGGAGAAAAAUAUCCAGUCUCAUUGGAAUCGGGCUGUUCACGGACUGACUGUGAACGUUCGGAAAAUGUUCCAAGAAAUGGAUGCAGAAUUGUUUGAAGAGUGUCAGAGACAAUAUGCAGAGAGGGAGGCUAAAGCAAAAGAAUUAGAAGAGCAGCGGGAAUUGAAUUGGAAGAGGUUGGCAGAUGCGGCUGCGCAGAAUGGGGCAGAUAUGGUCACAGCUUAGUCAAAUUACUAUUGGGAGUGUGGAUUGGAUAGGUGGAUUAUAUGUGCUCCACGCCAUUUUGGUGCCAUUAUUUAUUGGUUUCUUUCUUUCCCACUUAAUUUCUUUUUCCUCUCUAUUUUCUCAGUUGGAUAAUCAGCAAGUUGAAGAAAGCAGUGAUUAAUGUAACUUAAAAGUGCAGUUGGAUAAUCAGUUGGACAUUGUUAGCAAUGUCUGCAGAUUAAGAAUGUUUAAUGAAAUACUUUCUUGUAUUUUUUUUACAGAGAGAAAUACGGAUUCUUUUUUCCCUUCUGGAAACAAACUCUAGUGCCCUUUUUGUUGAUGGUACAAGAGAAGUAGUGCCUCUAUUUUGUGCUUGAUUUGCACCUGGUUGGGAGCAUUUUAUAGUAAAACUAGGGCAGGUUUGGUUUGGUACUAAGUUUUGGGACGUCACGUCGCCCUUGUAUGAGGUUGUAUUGAAUAUCCUUGUUUCUUAGACAGUUAUGUACGUAUGAUGUAAAAGGGCUGGUGACUUACAUAUAAUCUGGUUAUUAGAGGCACAAUUUCUAGCAUUUCACAAAUGGUGCAAAGAAACAUUGUAACGGUGCACAAUCUGGAAAAUCUGAUAAAUUGAGUACUAUUUUAGUAUAGGAAACAGUAAAACUUGUUUCAUUAUUCGAUUU